AGGACCGCUCCCCUGCCGCUCUACUGAGAAGGUGUCACAUCGGCGUGACAGAGACGGACACGCCUCCCUCGGCUGGGACCAAGGCUGCCCUGUCCUCGGGCUCAUGGGAUGGAGGAGGAAGUGGGGAGGGACAGCCUGCGGAGGGACAGCCUGAUGCCGAUGGUACCUGCCCUGAUCUGUCGGCACUGGCCAACCUGUUUGAGAGUGAGGAGGGCUCCCAGUCACCUCAGGACCCGGCUCCGGACGUAGACCGGCCAGGCCAGCUGCAGCCAGGAGACAGCCGACAGAACCUCCGCAUGAAGUUCCACGGUGCCUUUAAGAAGGGCAUCUCUAACCCCAUGGACCUGCUGGAGUCGACCAUCUACGAGUCACCCGUGGCGCCCGGCCCCAAGAAAGCCCCCAUGGACUCUCUCUUUGACUAUGGCACCUAUAGGCACACCAACAACAAGAAGCCACGCAGGAAGAAGCUCCCACGAGGGUGAGGAGGGCCCUCGGUUUUGAAGUAGAUACGUGACUCAUUUGUUAUGGUGGCUUUCAUGGGUCCAUGAGCACAUGCAGAGGCAUAGAUUGUUAAACAACAUGUAGAGUUAGAAGCAGCAUAGUAGAUCACUUCUGGGGUGUAGAUGUGACCAACUGGGUUCGAACCCGGUUUCUCCUGCAUGCCACAAGACUGUGUUAGCCCCCUGAACUUAAAGCCUAGGCAUCGGCUUUGGGAUUAAACGCAAGUCUUCAGGUGUCAGGCAAGGUUGUUUAUCACACAAGUGUGAUUCACCUAACUAUCUCUGUUACACAGACCACACCAUAGGGUUUGUACAGGGAACCAAAGGUUGUUAGUCAGUCAUGUUUGACACCUCACCAUAUGAUAUAAAGGACACAUUCCCAUAAGAGAUGAUCUGGGUUACAGAUACACAAAAACUGCUUCUAUGAUUGUGGCAAUAUUUUUCUACCUUAUAAGUGAUUUCCCCUAAAAACGUUGAUCAAAUUGGCUUGGUUUCUGAGCUGAGAGUUUCUGAGUUGAGAGUAUCAAUAUUCUAUUUUACAAUACAUUGCAGUUUUCUUUAUUAAUCAAAGGCUUGGCUUGGAAAAAAUGGCUCAUUGCAAAAAAAAAUAAACUCUUCAACCGGCAAAAAAAAAAGAAACUCUUCAACUGCCACUGUUUAGUCACAUAGGUGUGUCCCUCCCAUGUGGAAGUUCAUAAACAGAAGGGCUAGUCAGAGGGACAUUCAGUCAUCUAACAGAGAGUGUGUUGUUGUUUCCUUCCUCACAGCCAUUGAGGUAAUAUUUAGGCUGGAGCUUGUUCCUGGCUACAUGUUUCACAGUGAGGUCUAUUUAUUGAGUAGCUCACUAGUAGAACUUGGACAGCAGUUCACUUUAUAUGGUUUAUCUUUCUACCUUUUUUCUAGGCUACAACUACCGGUAACACUUUACUUAGUCCACAGGUAUAAUUAUGAUGCAGUUAUAUUGCAUUGUUAGACUUAUCAUAAGCACAUAUGACCCCCUUAUAAUGUAUUUGUAUCAUCGCAUUAUGAUCCUGACAAAAUACCAGCCAUUUUGAGUCUGUUGAACAUUUGCUAGAGAGACAUAACAUAUAAGCCUCAUAAUAAGAUAUUUAAAAGGCACAUACAUGCUUAUAACAAGUAAUACAGCAUUACAUUACUGUUGGCUUUAAGUGUUGGCCCAACUACCAUUCUUGACCCCCACUGUUUAGUCCCACCACCUGUAGGCCUACUGAUGCCAGAAAUCACCAUUUCAAAAUCAUCCAAUAAUCAGCCGCCAUCUUUCAUUUCGGAUAAGUAAUGUAACACUGAGGGAUUUCUGUGUCCCUACUAAUGAUGUAUAUAAACACUUAUAGUAUGUGUUAUACACUGAGUGUACAAAACAUUAGGAACACCUUCCUAAUAUUGAGUUGCUCCCCCUUUUACCGUCAGAACAGCUUACAAUUAAUCGGAGCAUGGACUCUACAGUACAAAGUGUUGAAAGCGUUCCACAGGGAUGCUGGCCCAUGUUGACAGUUGUGUCAAGUUGGCUGGAUGUCCUUUGGGUGGUGGACCAUUCUUGAUACACACGGGAAACUGUUGAGCGUGAAAAACCCAGCUGUGUUGCAGUUAUUGACACACUCCACCUACUACCAUACCCCGUUCAAAGGCACUUAAAUAUUUUGUCUAGCCCAUUCACCUUCUGAAUGGUACAUACACAAUCCAUGUUUCAAUUGUAUCAAGGCUUAAAAAUUCUUAUUUAACCUGUCUCCUCCCCUUUACCUAUACUGAUUUAAGUGGAUUUAACAAGUGACAUCAAUUUCACCUGGAUUCAGCUGGUCUGUCUUUGUCAUGGAAAGAGCAGGUGUUCCUAAUGUACACUCAGUGUAUGUGAGUAUAUGUAUGUCUAUGGUCCCUACAUAGUAAGACUGAGACGUCCUGCAAUGAAGGUCUGGACCCUCCGGGUUUGGACCCACCCAAGGUGAUGAAGGUGUUUAACCGCAUGCUGCUCUUCGAUGGCGUGUCACGGGCCGACCCAGAGGCCCUCUCAGGCCUGCUGGAGUACCUACAGGGUCAUGAAAAGAGGCUCACCGACGAGGAGUUCAAAGGUGAGACGACCCCAGUGGUGGUAUGGUGGGUGGAGCCCUCUGGUGCCAAAUAUCUCUUCUCUCACAAAUGAGCCCUUGUCAGCUUUCACACCCAAACGCAGAAAGGUCGGAGAAAAAUAUAAAAAUAUUUUGUGUUGAAGGGGAGGUGGGGCUUAAGAUACCCCUUUCUAGUGACUAAAAUAGCAUCAGAACAUUAUCUCAAACAUGUCACAACUGGCCUCCUGAGUGGUGCAGCGGUCUAAGGCACUGCAUCACAGUGCUAGGUGUCACUACAGACCCUGGUUCGAUCCCAGGCUGUGUCGCAGCCGACCGGGAGACCCAUGAGGCGGCGCACAAUUGGCCCACUGUCAUCUGGGUAGGGGAGGGUUUGGCCGGCCGGGAUGUCCUUGUCCCAUCGCGCUCUAGUGACUCCUUGUGGCGGGCUGGGCGCAUGAACGCUGUCUUCGGUUGUCAGUUGUACGGCUUUCCUCCGACACAUUGGUGCGGCUGGCUUCCGGGUUAAGCGAGCAGUGCGGCUUGGCAGGGUUGUGUUUCGGAGGACGCAUGGCUCUUGACCUUCGCCUCUCCUGAGUCCGUACGGGAGUUGCAGCGAUAGGACAAGACUGUAACUACCAAUUGGAUAUCAUGAAAAAGGGGUAAAAAAACAAACAUGUUGCCUUACUAAAGGAGAAGUCUUACUUUUUAGUCCACUUAGCCCUGUGACUAACACCUUCAGUUAUUGUGUCAUCCAGGAGUUUGUCAUGACUUUGUGUAGUGAUAAUAGGUAUAGAUGUCUUAACAGAUCUCUUUCUGCCCCAAGGGCUUCAACUCUUUGGCGUGUCCUCUGACUUGGUUAUCUGUCUCUGACAUUUCAGUAUUCCCCCCUCCUCUCUUCCCUGUUGUUCUUGGCUCCAUAGAGCAUGUGUCAAACUCAUUCCAAAGUCAUUCAAUGGAGGGACGAGUGUCUGCGGGUUUUCACUCCUCCAUUGUACUUGAUUGAUGAAUUAAGGUCACUAAUUAGUAAAGAACUCCCCCUAACUGAUUGUCUAGGUCUUAAUUGAAAGGAAAACCCAAAAACCUGCAGACACACGAUUGAAUGACUUUGACACCCCUGCCUUAGAGUAAUGAGAAGGAAGCUACUGUGAUGUUAGAGCUUCUGUCCUGCCAAAAGUGGGUCCAAGGACAGCUUUCUGUCGGCAGUGUGCAUGUGUUUGUGUGUGUGUAUGUGUGUGUGUGUGUGUGUGUGUGUGGGGGGCAGGGCUUUAUAACAGAGAGCAGAGAGAAAUCACAGCAAACUGUCUCCUUCUGGGAAGAAAAGGACUAAAGUGGGCUUGACAGACUACAUGAAAAACUCAGACUGAAAGUAAACAAUAGAAGCAGACAACUUACUUGACUGCCACGUUUGGUUUGGCUGUUGUUUCUCAGGGUUUUGAGGCAUUUCCAUGUUCAGUGAUAUGGCUUGCUUGCUUCCCUUUCCUUUCUUAUCUUAUCACUAAUGAUUUAUCACCAGGACCGUUUGACACAUGAACAAUGUACCUUGCUGCCUCAAAGGAAGUCAUUUUUUAUGUCCAGAACUAUACAUGUCGUCUCUGAGUACCCCUCCACCCAUCCUUCAUUUGGUUGUAUUUUCUCCCAGAACCUUCUACAGGGAAGACGUGCCUGCCCAAAGCCCUUCUGAACCUGUACAGUGGUCAGAAUGACACCAUCCCCAUGCUGAUGGACAUAGCAGAGCAGACAGUCAACCUCCAUGAGUUCAUCAACACGCCCUUCAGAGAUGUAUAUUACAGAGGUGAACUCUCUUCACAUUUUAGCCCUUAACUAAAAACACCAGGGUCCUGUUCAAUAGGUACCACAUAGACUGAAAUGCUCACUUUUCGUUUCUGUUGUGAACCGUUAUAAAAUGUUUUUGUUUUUUUUGUGCGCCCUAAUGAACACGACCCAGUGCUGUAUUAACCAGUCAUUUGACUAGGAUAGAAGUAGAUUAUUUCAAACUUGGACUGUGUUGUUUUAAACCUAUCUUAAUAAUUUGAUAUUAUCACAGAUAAAAGUACCUACCUGUAAUGUAGGGCCUACUAUGCACACAUAGCCCAGUACUAAUUCCAUGAAGGCAGGCUGCAUAGAGACGCCCUUACCUACACUGAGUCUUCCACUGCCCCUUCUGCACAAAGAACCCACACAUCCUAGUCUGCGGCCCAACACAGGGCUGCUCUAUGGGGCUUCUAUUUCCAGAGGAAGGCCGGAUGAUGUGGCUGUUACACCUCCAAGAUUUGCCCUUACAGUUUUGGCAUUAGUUGGAAACAGAAGUGCAGCACACCUUUUUCUUCCAUCCACUUUCUUAGGUCUAAGCCCAAUAAACAACCUGUCUAAAAAAAACUUCACUCAUCACACACUAUGUCAGCCACUUUAAGAUUUACUGUUAGAAUGGGAUUUCACACUUUUGCCAGGAUGCCUCACAUUGAGCGCAUCUGAAAUGUCUCCCUAUGUAGUGCACUUUUUUUCAUAGGGCUCUGGUCAAAGGGAGUGCACUAUAUAGGGAAUAGGAUGCCAUUUCAGACACAGCCAUAGUCCACCUCCACACAGUACUGAAGUAGGAGACAGAUGGUGAUUGCUGAGGAGCCCAUGGCAGCCAUAUGGUAUCCUUACUGUUGCUAUAGGUCCCCUUUAAUGAACAUACAAGCCAGAAGGAAUGUGUUUAUGUCUGUAUGUCUGUGUGCCAUGACUGUUCACAGCUUUGACACUGCAGCAGAACCAGGCCACCUUUGUUGACCUAAGAAAAGAACCACACAUUUAUUGAUGAGAUACUGGGACUUAGUGAAUGUGGUAUCGCGUUAGUUACAACAAUACCAUUGUUGAAGUGUGGAUAGGAGAGGAAAGAGGUUGACCUUCGACCCAGUCUUGGAAUGGAGAUAUUGUUUGCGUCUUUGUCCGAGACCUCUAGUCAGUGCACCUUUCCUCACUCCUGAAGGUGGGACUCAGCAGACAGUGAGAGACCAAACAAUGCAAUACAUCCACUGUAGAGUUCAUUCCCUCUCAGGCAAGGCUGGAAUAGAGAAUAUAUUAAUGAUCUAAUAAUCCCAAUUUAACCACUUGUCCCUAUGCCCAAUGUGUUGACUGACUGUUGUGUGGUUCGCCAGGCCAGACGGCGCUGCACAUCGCCAUUGAGAGGCGCUGUAAGCAGUACUUGGAGCUGCUGGUGGAGAAAGGGGCAGACGUUCACGCCCAGGCCCGCGGACGCUUCUUCCAACCCAGGGACGAGGGGGGCUACUUCUACUUUGGUAAGACACCAUAACAUUAGGAUCAGAUCUGAUCCAUUCUACUGUCUACAGAAACUGCAAGAUUCAGAUUCGAGAUACAAUAUUUUAUUGCAAUAUACAACCAAAGUCCUCGGUCAGCAGGGGCUUAAAGUGGCAGUGCAUUAAGUGUAGGAGUAUGGUUUAAAACCUCUUAGAUUUAAAGUCCCCUGUUUAGGGGACCUGCGUGAUUCUGGUACCAGUUCUAACUGAUAGUUUUGCUUAUACUGUAUGUUUUAUUGCUUUUCAACCUCUGCCAUAUCGUGGAUUCAGAGCUAUCUAUGUUAUAGAACUCAGAGGGUUUUCUUUAAUGGAAGCUUCUCUAAUGUCAAACAUGUAGGGUGUGGUGUACCACAGGGCAGUUCUCUAGGCCCUCUACUUUUUUCUAUUUUUACCAAUGACACGCCACUGGCAUUAAACAAAGCCUGUGUGCCCUUGUUUGCUGAUGAUUCAACCAUGUGUCAGCAACCAUAACAAAUGAAGUCACUGAAACCCUUAACAAGGAGUUGCAGUCAGUUUUGGAAUGGGUGGCCUGUAAUAAACUGGUUCUGAACAUCUCUAAAACUAAGAGCAUUUUAUUUGGUACAAAUAUUUCCCUAAGCUCUAGACCUCAGCUGAAUCUGGUAAUGAUUGGUGUGGCUGUUGAACAAGUUGAGGAGACUAAAUUACUUGGUGUUAACUUAGAUUGUAAACUGUCAUAGUCAAAACAUAUAGAUUCAAUAGUUAUAAAGAUGGGAGAGGUCUGUCUGUAAUAAAGACAUUUUCUGCUUUUUUGACACCACACUCCACACAGCAAGUCCUGCAGGCUCUAGUUUUGUCUUAUCUUCAUUAGGAGCGUUGGGCUAGUAACCGAAAGGUUGCUGGAUCGAAUCCACGAGCUGACAAAGUAAAAAUCUGUCAUUCUGCCCUUGAGCAAGGCAGUUAUCCCACUGUUCCCCAGGUGCUGAUGAUGUGGAUGUCGAUAAACGCAGCCCCCCGCACUUCUCUGAUUCAGAGGGGUUGGGUUACAUGCGGAAGAAACAUUUCAGUUGUACAACUGACAAGGUAUCCUCCUUUUUAGUUAAGCUGCAGCUGGCCCGGAACAGAGUGGCACGUCUUGCUCUUCAUUGUAAUCAGAGGGCUAAUAUAAAUACUGUGCAUGCCAGUCUCUCUUGGCUAAGAGUUGAGGAGAGAUUGAUGGCAUCACUUCUUCUUUUUAUAAGAAACAUUCAUGUGUUGAAAAUUCCAAAUUGUUUGCAUAGUCAACUUACGCACAGCUCUGACACACACACUUACCCCAACAGGGGUCUUUUCAUAGUCCCCAAAUCCAGAACAAAUUCAAGAAAGAGUACAUUAUUAUAUGAAAAUGUAUGCACUCACUAACUGUAAGUCGCUCUGGAUAAGAGCGUCUGCUAAAUGACUAAAAUGUAAAAUAUAGAGCCAUUAUUGCAUGGAACUCCCUUCCAUCUCAUAUUGCUCAAAUGAACAGCAAACCUGGAUUAAAAAACAGAUAAAGCAACACCUCAUGACACAACGCCUCUCCCCUAUUUUACCUAGAUAUUUUGUGUGUAUUGAUAUGUAGGCUGUGUGCCAUUUUUAAAUGUACUGUAUGUAGUUCUGUCCUUGAGCUGUUCUUGUCUAUCAAUGUUCUGUAUUAUGUCAUGUUUCAUGUUCUGUGUGGACCCCAGGAAGAGUAGCUGUGUCUUUCGCAACAGCUAAUGGGGAUCCUAAUAAAAUACCAAAAUACCUUGCAUCGUAGCGCAGCAGGAGAGAGUGGUUCCAUCACUAUAGCACAUUCAGAGAUCGAUUUAUAUCCAUUAAUCUAAAAUAAUUCAUAGAUUUUAAACAAAAAACACUUUAUGUUUGUCAUACAUGGAUGAGAUUAAUAUGAUGAAAGGCAGGUUCCUAACGAGUUCAGGAAGCCAAGCUAGAGCUCUGUGUGACAUUCACAGCGAUGGGGGCAGAUGUUUUGAUCAAGAGAGACCUUUAGAAAAUGUUGCACAUUUUCUCUAACACUAACCAUACAAAUAUAUAUUUUACAGUUAUAAGGUUAAAUCUUAUAGUUAGUGAUUUUAUAAUUUGAUGAUACUAUAUUUAGAAAGCAUAUAAGUCAUUUCAAGCCUUAUUCAUACAGUUUAGUUGAAUAGGAAAUACGUCAUAUGAAAUAUUUUAUAUUUUCAUAUUUUUAUCAUAUUUGUACUGUGUACUUAAGCUUAUGUCCUCAAAAGUGACUACACCUCAGCAAUUUAUAACUUUUCUACCAGAAAGGUGAGAUUUUAACCUUGGAGUAUACAGCAUUACUAGUUAUUGUUUAUGGUCCUCUCAUGAUAAAUGAUUACUUUCGGGGAUCACGUAGAUUACAUUCUAGAUUACAUAUAGUUACAUUUAAGAGUUAAGCACAUUAAAAAAAAAAAAAAAAACACAUGAUGAGAUUUCAUACAUAUCUCAGAUAUCCCUCUUUUUUUCUGCUCUAUUUAUGGUAACAUUCAUGCACUAGUAUUGUAUUAUUGAACUUUGGCAGUAUUUCGAUACUGGUAAAGUAAUAUUCUAUUCCUCUUGGUUUUUUAAUGACAUGUCUGUAGUUUUCCAUGACAGGCGCCUGGGUUCCCGACACUGUGAGGUCAUGUCAAUGUGUCUUUAAGCAGUGCACUUGAAAAGUGGUUUUCUAGCUACCUCAGUGUGGUCUACAAAGGCUGGAUCGCUGCACAGUUGGAUAACUUGGAGUAAAUAUGUACUGGACCACUACUAAGGUAGUGUUAAGCUUCUCUUGGAAAAUGCUCUCAGUUGCCAUGGUAAGAUUAAGUGACAUUAGAGCCCGCCCUUCCCUUUUUACAUGGCAGGUUUGGGCUGGGCAACACAGUCAGGACAGUUCGCAAGGCCAAUGAUAAACUCAUAUAACCACCCAAAACAAGUCUGAAGUCAUAUCAUCAGAAAUGUCAUUAUUGGUAGUAGGCUUCUCCAAAAAAGAAAAGAGAACAAUGAUGUCACAAGUUCAACAAGUAUUUCUGAACAGUUUAGUGAAAGCUGUCUGUGGCUUGCUGCUGAAAAAAAGCAAACAUACUUUCCUUCAAAUGGGCAGGCUGCCUCUGUUUUGCUGACCUCACUGAAGUUGCUGGCAGAGUCCAUUGACAGAGAGCCUCCAAAUAAAACGUGUCACUCCAUACUGCCCUCUGCUGAUUGGAGAGUAUCCCUGCAACUCUCAUGCUGAACCCAACAUCCCACUACAGGUGUAGGAUCUUCAUUGAUCACCCUGUUGCAGGAGAAAUGUAAAACUUGUAGUGUAUUUGCGGUUUUAAAAUGUCCACUUUGAAAUUUCAGACUUGAUUUUCCCUUAUGAAAAAUUUAUCAACCUGUACAAAAAUGUCCAUUAAUUAUAAUCCACAUAAUAAUUCACAUGUUCUGUUGCUGCAGGAUUAUUUUCCUGUUGUAGCAAACUGGCUCAAAUUAAGAUCCUCGGGACUAGGCUACAUCCCAUUCACCUCAACAGCCCUUCCAGCCUCAAGUUCAACAAACUAAUACACUUUUCACACUAUCCUGUUGACCCGAACUGGACUGUGCUGACUGAUAUUUCAUUUUGACAUUGUAUUUUCUGGCACUGUGUUUGCAACUAUGGUGGAUGCGUUACCAGGCCAGUGUAGAAGCCUACAGCUCUGCUCAGGAAUGUGAAAGGGUUAUGAAGGAGAUAGAGGGAGAGACAGAGAAAGAGAUACAGGUUAAAAGAGAGGAGAUUUGAGUAGGCAAUUAUUUCCCAAGAAACUCACUACUGGCAUUGUUAUUGUAUUAAUGUGUUAUGUUCCAUACUCAUCACCCGAGGGAUUAUAUCCACUUGCACUAAGUGCGACUGUCAUUCCCAAAUCAUUCCAAACCCCCGGCGUGUCUGUGGCACAAUGCGAGUCAUUCACUCUGGAGCUUUGCGCUGAAGUAGGUAGCUUAGUGGUUAAGAGCGUAGUGCCAGUAACCGAAAGGUUGCUGGUUCUAAUCCCCGAGCCGACUAGGAGAACAAUCUGUCGAUGUGCCCUUGAGCAAGGCACUUAACCCUAAUUGCUCCUGUAAGUCGCUCUGGAUAAGAGCGUCUGCUAAAUGACAAAAAAAAAGAAAAAAGAAAACAUAACCAGGAAACCUGGCAGAGGGGCGACAGCUAAUGUGAUUUAAUGCUUACUCACUCCGUGAGCACCCGUGCAAAUCCAUGAAGAGGAGCGUUUCCCAUGCGAGGUGACAGGGUAAUCUGUCACCCGUGGCAACGGCUCGUUUUCAGUAGCUGCUUUUGGCACACUGGUUUCAAUGCACAGGCCCCUCCCUCAGACAAGUAGUACUAACUGUGUCCUUUUCGUUGCAAGGUUUUAAGUCCAAUCUUUGACAUGUGGGGUGUUGUACAAAACAAAGUCAUCAGCGAUUGGAUCGUCUCUAACCAAGCAGAGUAUCAAAGCCAAUGACAAAUUUUCAAACUGCCGCUUUACCCAAGUGUGUUCUGGCUCUGGCCCAACCCAUUGGUUUCUGGACCAAUCAAGAGGGCCCUGAAGGGUUGGGGACGUAUUCAGAUCCAGACUCAUAGACGUGGUGUAGCGUUAUGCCGGAGUAAGGAGUCUGGGUAGCCAGGCAAAGAUAGCCUUCAAAGACAUGUGGAAAGUGGUUUGCUGUUCCAUAUGAACCCAGAGUGGAAAGAGACUGCCUGAGUGCGAGGUGGGCAGGGUUUGCACUUUUGGGACUUUUCUAUUAGUUCCAUUGUAAAAUGGGAUCCCCUUGAUUGAUGUGCUUGUUGCUGUGUGUAUCUGACUGUAUCUCUUUGGCCAGGCGAGCUGCCUCUGUCGCUGGCAGCGUGCACCAACCAGCCGAACAUGGUGCACUACUUGACUGAGAACACCCACAAGAAGGCUGACCUUCGACGGCAGGACUCGCGCGGCAACACAGUGCUACACGCCCUGGUGCACAUCGCCGACAACACCCGGGACAACACCCGCUUCCUCACCAAGAUGUACGACCUGCUGCUGACCAAGUGUGCCAAACUCUACCCAGAAUGCAGCCUGGAGGACAUUCUCAACAACGACGGCAUGUCGCCCCUUAUGAUGGCGGCAAAGCUGGGAAAAAUUGGGGUGAGAACGAACUCAUAUAUCACGUGUAUGAGGAAUCAUACUCUUAAAGGGAUAGUUCAUUUAACACUAGCAAUGCUAAUGGUAAUGCUACUGUGUGGUGCCUUGUUGGAUUAUGUAUUGUAUUAUUGACAGAAAAUAUAAUCACAUGCAUUAUAAAACAGACAAAGAAGGUCAACUUUGUUAUUAUUAUUUCUCCCAGGUUUUCCAGCACAUCAUUCGCAGGGAGAUCAAGGACGAGGAAGCGCGUCACCUCUCACGGAAGUUCAAGGACUGGGCUUACGGCCCCGUGUACUCCUCCCUGUACGACCUCUCCUCCCUGGACACCUGUGGAGAGGAGGUGUCCGUGCUGGAGAUCCUGGUCUACAACAGCCGCAUCGAGGUGCGUGAUAGCCUGCUUAGAUAAAGCCUCGGCUCUGAAGCUCUGGGAGCUAACGCAAGUCUUCAGUGUAUUUUUUGUGGCUAAGAUUAUGAAGUGGGGAUGGGGCAGACAGAGGCCAAGUGUGUGUUUUUGCAUUUUUACCUAUAAUAGAUUUGUUUAUCUGAGAUAAAGGGAAAGCCAGUAUGGUAGGAAAGAUAGAGUAUGAUUUCUCUUUCACUCUCUCUUUGUCACCAUACUCUCCUCCUACCAUUAUUGUGAGUCUUCCUGCGCUGUCCAUAGAAUCGCCAUGAGAUGCUGGCUGUGGAGCCCAUCAACGAGCUGUUGAGGGCCAAGUGGCAAAAGUUUGCUGCCGUCACCUUCUACAUCAGUGUUGUCUCCUACCUGGUGACCAUGAUCAUCUUCACCCUGGUGGCCUACUACCGCCCCUCCCAGGGAAUGGUACGUACAUGACCAACAACUCACAUACAAACACAACAAAUGUAUGCACUUAUUCAAAGUCGCUUUGGAUGAAAGUGCCUGCCAAGUGGCAUUAUUAUUAUAUUAGUAUAUGUGUACUGUACAAACAGUAUGGGUGUCACGACCAGCAAAGCUUUAACUUUGUUUGUCCCUGACUAGCCUCCGUACUCCUACAACACCUCCACAGACUAUCUGCGUCUGGGAGGGGAGGUUAUCACCUUGGGCUCUGGAGUCUUCUUCUUCCUCACUAACGUAAGUCUGCAGCCUGCAGCCACUGCAGCUUCUCUCCGGUUGAACCAUCCAAUCAGAGUCACAUCUUUGAAUGUUGACUCUACAAUAAACAACAUUUUUUUAAAGAGGCCUCGAAAUGUGUACACAAACACACACUUUCACUAUAAAUCUUCAAUCUCCCCUGUAAAUUGAUCUUGUUUCUUUUCUGACAUUCCCUCUCUCUCGCUCUCAUCCUCCUCAUCCUCUUCUUGUGUCAAGCCCCAAAACUAAAAUACAGUAUGUUUGUGGGCAGCCAUUACCCAAAUCUCUCUCUUCCUGCCCCCCUUUGUAGAUUAAGGACCUCUUCCUGAAGAAAUGCCCUGGGGUGAACUCCUUAUUUGUCGAUGGCUCCUUUCAACUGCUCUAGUAAGACUCCAGCUCCCCCCUCCUUAACCUUCUCCUCCUCUGUAACUCCCUCUGACUUGUACCCGAGGCUAAUUUAUCAUCCUCUCUUAAUUGAGUCUAUUCAAUUCCACAUUAAAGCCCCCCUUUUUCUGGCACAUUUUAUAGUUUACAUCUUCUUUAAUUAAACCCAUGAUCCCAACAAAGAGCGGAGGAUGUUGAGCGCCGCUCCGAAGGGUGUUUUGUUUCCAUCAUUAGUGCUGCAUCUACAUGUUGCCCGUUAAAUCCCAAAUGGCAUUCCUGUGUAUUGGAAAUGUUCUCUGUAUCUAACACGUAGGUAGGAUAAGGAUUAUUGUUGUUUCCUGGAAUCUUAACACCAGGGCCAUUAGGGUACACCGUUGCAAAACAUUUUGAAUUGGAAAAUGAAAGCGUGUUUCUUAUUGGAGAAGUUCAGAUAGUACCUAGGCAUUUCGGUCCGUUUUCUUCCAUUUUGUGCCUAAUGAACAUGGCCCAACUCUCCUAUAUCUCUAGCUUCAUCUACUCUGUGCUGGUGAUAGUAACUGCGGCUCUCUACCUGUCGGGUAUCGAGGCCUAUGUGUCUGUGAUGGUGUUUGCGCUGGUCCUGGGCUGGAUGAACACUUUAUACUUCACCAGAGGCCUGAAGCUCACCGGCACCUACAGCAUCAUGAUACAGAAGGUAUCAACUCCUUCACAUUGAAUUUGAAAUCAAAAUGGACUAAUAUGACACUAGACACCUGAUCACAAUUUAUCCUUCUUCCUUGGCUCUCAGAUUCUCUUCAAAGACUUGUUCCGGUUUCUGCUGGUCUACCUGCUCUUCAUGAUUGGAUACUCGUCAGGUACAAUGUCCCCUACUGCACACUUCUUCUUCUCAGCAGUCUGUCGACCAGUUGAAACAGAAGAGAACCUACCGUAUCAUCUCCUCAUGUUUCCCAUCUCACCCCCCAGCUCUGGUGUCCCUCCUGGCGGUGUGCCCCGGGCCGGAUGAGGUGUGUCCGGAGGAAGGCGGCUGCCCCACCUACCCCCAGUGCCGGGACACGGACACCUUCAGCAACUUCCUGCUGGACCUGUUCAAGCUGACCAUCGGAAUGGGCGAUCUGGACAUGGUCAGCAGUGCCCAGUACCCGGCUGUCUUCCUCAUCCUGCUGGUCACCUACAUCAUCCUCACCUUCGUGCUGCUGCUCAACAUGUUGAUCGCUCUGAUGGGAGAGACAGUGAGCCAGGUGUCCAAGGAGAGCAAGAAGAUCUGGAAGCUGCAGGUGAGUGAGGAGAACAGCUGAUGGACAGCUACUGUAGGUUCCCUAUGCAGUAAACACUAUUCAUUAGAGCACACCGUAGCAAAGGUUGCAACGGAAAACAAAAAUAAACAUUUCCAAUUGGAAGUAGUUUUUCUUACGUUUGGUGCCUAGUGAAUAUGACCCUGGGAACCCCUGGUGAUGGCCUUAUACACAGUGCAUCCUCUAGUUCACGGUCACAUGAGUAUGUUAUGGAAAACAUUACUACAUGUUGGUUGAUGUUAUGUUUUAACAACAGUGGGCUACGACAAUCCUGGACAUCGAGCGCUCCUUCCCUGUGUGUCUGCGGAAGUCCUUCCGUGCUGGGGAGAUGGUGACAGUGGGGAAGAAAUGGGACGGCACCCCUGACCGCCGCUGGUGCUUCAGGUACACAUAGUUGUUUCUCUGGACUCUCACCCCUCUCUGCAUCAGAGAAACGUGUCUGAUUGGUAAGUCAAAUGCAAACAUCUUCUGGGGUAAUUUCAGGGUGGACGAGGUCAACUGGUGCCACUGGAAUCAGAACCUGGCCAUAAUCAACGAAGACCCGGGCAAGAACAUAACAGAGACCCAGCAAUGCUCCGGUACAGUGCAUCAAACCGUCCGUGGCCUGAGGAGAGGUGAGACUCUUUUACUGCAUUCGCAAAAAAAUGUUAAAGUGCACUGAUGCAUACGUACAGUUCAUAAAGGCAAAUAUACAGUGUAUAAGGGCAAGCCGAAUCACAUCAGCCAACAUUUGACUUUUGUUCCCCAACCCAUCUAGAUCGCUGGUCCACGGUGGUGCCAAGGGUUGUGGAGCAGAAUAAAGGGCCACGACCACGAGACCUAGUACUGGAGAUGGAGCCACUGACCCCCAGACACAGACCCUUUGCAGAGGGCUAGAGCCCAGCUAGGGCUAUGGCCCAGCUCUGGGAGCCUCCAGGAGCCCGGGUCCUUAAGAACACCCUGCAGAUCGUAGGUAUUCAGACUGACAAAGAAGAGUUGGGCCACAAAGUUUGCCACUUUGCACAAAACUCUGUUGCCUUGAGAUUAGAACCAAAUAUAUGUACAAUGUAUUAUAAGACAAUAUAAAGGAUUUAGAAAAGAUAGGAAUGUAGUGUAUGGUCAAAGCAAACCAUUCAUUUGUUUAUCAAAUGCUUUUUUAUUCAACUAGUUUAUUCAACUAGUUGUGAAUGGUGGUCAUAUGAUGAUUAGUAUCCUCUCCCUUGGUGGUUUUAACCCAGGAGGAAGGACCCUCGGGAAGCUGUUACCUGACAGAAUGCUAUGGC